AAACAGCCUCUUAAGCAUCUUAAGAAAAGUCUCUUCUCAAUUUUUAUUUUAUGUGUGUAUAUAUAUAACCAAUAUUAUAUCCAAUAUCUUCAAAAAGCAAGAAAAGAGCCUUUACAACACAUUACAAAUUCCCAUAUUAGCAAAAGAAACAGAGAAAAAAAUGGGAAAUACAGUUUAUGCACCAUUACAAGUUUUUGAAGAUUUUGAGCCAACAACAGAGUUGGUGCGAGAACAAGACUCUGAUACUCUUCUCCUUUAUCUCACAGGUUUCAAAAAGGAAGAAGUGAGGGUUGAGCUGACCAGAACAGGAAUUAUGAAGAUCAGUGGAGAAAGGCCAGUUGGUUUUACCACUGAUGGGAACUUUCUUUAUCUUAGAUUCCAGGAACACCUUCCUCUUUCAGAAAAUUGCGACAACACAAAAAUCAGUACAGAGUUUGAAAAUGGCAUUCUUUAUAUUUAAACAACCAAAACUGAAAAAAGGAACUGCAGCACUGGCUGAGAAGAUGACUAUUCUGAUUGCUCUUUUGGUUCUUG